GUGCGACUGCAUCAAAUGCAUUGUAUGGAGGCGUUAGGUCAGUGGGAUGAUCUGAAUAAGUUCAGUAAGAAGGCGUUCGAUGAAUUAACACCGAGUUCAGAUCCGGAACGAAAGCAGAAAAUGUCGAUUAUUGCGGCGAGAGGAUGCUGGGCUAUCGGUCGGUUUCUUAGGUUUUCUUGUUUUGCACUCAUUCACUGCAUUGCCGGCUCUGCAUUGUCUCAAACGUAA